AUGCGGCUGGUGCUGCUGGCCGAGAGCUACUUGGCAGUGGUUUUGGGGAAGGACGUGAAGGGGAAUGUCGAGUACGGGCCAUUUAAGACCGAUUUCAGUAAUUGGCUCAAAGGGAAAGGCAACAACUUUGCUUUCAAAUCGUUCGAGACCUACGGGGCUACAGGAAGCUUUGGAGGGAAAGAUCCGAACCAGAAGGUCGUAAAAACCCCAGUCAUCUUCAUCCACGGAAAUGCCGAUUCCGCUCUGGACACCGGCGCACUAAUGUCGCAAGGCUGGACGGCAGCGAUUCCCCACUUCUUGGAGGCCGGCUACACCUUUGCUGAACUCUAUGGGUUGACUUAUGGAGCAAGAAAUAUCAGUCUGGCUGCCGAUACCAAAAUGAGCUGCGAAUGGAUCAAGGGCCAUCGCGAGUUCGUGCUCAACGUCCUCGACUACACGGCAGCCCCGAAAGUGAACAUUAUCGGACACUCGAUGGGAGCGACGAUUGCAAGGAGUUUGGCGAAGGGUGGACUGGUAGAAUUCCCCGGCGAAGACCAUUGCGACCUCGGCAGUCCAAUCAACGACAAGAUCGACGUCUUCAUCGGAGUAGCUGGAGCUCAUUUCGGGAUGUGUAUGUGCGUGACGAUGCCUGGAAAGGGAUCUUGUGAUCCGACGGGCGGCUUCUGGCCAGGUGGCACUUGCGGUGGUGAACUUCACCGUCAGUGUGCACAGGCUGCCGAGGGUGAAUGUCGUGAUAUGCAGUACGGAGACUUCCUUCGGAGCAUCAACAACAGCCCCGUGCAGAAGGAGGCCGGAUAUGUGUUCUCGUUUUUCAGUCACGAUGACAACGUGCUUGGCCCGCACACGAUGACCUGGGGCCGAAUGACGUCGAUUAUCCCGCAUGAAGAUGACCACAUGGAAUACACCAAGCUUGACCACUUUCAAAUGAAAGAAGCCUCCGCCAAGGCCGCCAUCUUUGCCUUCGAAAACCAUAAGCUACCACCAAAGCGACAGCGGGGUCUGCAAAACACCGGCCUCGACCUCAUGGAUGGACACUACGAAGCGGCAAAACCAUUCGUUUGGCCGCAU